GCUUCAAAUAAGACGAUCUGUAGCCCGGUGGAUCUGUCUGGACUCCAACACUUAAAUACAAGGGGAGACUGACAAAGCACACCAAUGAAUUUUGCUCUUCUGCAGGGAGGGGAGGUUGAGUGACUGACCCUGGACCACCACCAUUGAUCAACCUCGUAUGACAACAAAAAUGGAGUUGGUUGGAAGCAUUCCCAACGUCUCUCUCGUGCUCAAUCUGCAGUCGAUUCUGAUCGGGUUAUUCACUUUACUUGUAUUAUUUUACAUGAUUCGCCGACCACGUAAUCUACCACCGGGACCCAUUGGAUGGCCACUCCUGGGCUACCUGCCGCAGAUGGCUAUGGCGGGACAAGAGCCACAGGUGGAGUUUUCGAGGUUGACAAAAAUUUACGGAAAUGUCGUCAGUGUCAAUAUUGCAGGCAAGUUGUUCGUGUUUCUGCAUGGCUAUGACACGAUAAAGGAGGCCUUUAGCCAGCACCAGCUCAACGCCAGACCAACACUUCACGUCAGAGGAGAGAUGUUCCCUGGAUCUGGAGUGAUAUCUUCUUCCGGUAAAACUUGGUCCGAGCUGCGUCGCUUUUGCACCACAGUCCUAAGAGGACUAGGGGUCGGGAAGAGAAGCUUCGAGGAGAACAUCGCCACCGAAGCCCACGUCUUAAUCACGGAGAUGAGGAAGGAGCAAGGAGCUCCGUUUGACCCUAAAUACCUUCUUGGUAACGCCGUCUUAAACAUCAUUUGCUCGGUGGUACUCGGGAAGAGAUUUCAGUAUAACGACCCGGCUUUUCGCGAUAUACUCAGGUGUACCGGGCGCGUCAUGGAAGGUGUGAGAUCGGGAGGAAUCGUUGAAUUCUCACCCGUAGUCUCCAAACUCACCGUUAUACCCUUUGUGAGAAGAUACGUGGACACGGUUAGCGAACUCGUCGAGCAGAUGCUAUCGCUGAUUGACGAGCACAAUCGAGACUAUGACUCAGCAGCGAAUCCACGCGAUAUCAUUGACAUGUUUCUGAAGGAAAUCAACUCGAAACAAAGUCUAGGAGUUGAAUCAGGGGCGAUCAAGAUUGAGAAUUUAAGGCCGGUAGUGGGCGACCUCUUCGUGGCUGGAAGUGAGACUACGAACACUACUCUACGAUGGAGCAUGCUGUACAUGAUGGCGUAUCCAGAUGUACAACACCGUGUACAGAAAGAGUUGGAUGACGUCACCCUCGGGAAUCGAUUGCCGAAGACGACCGACAAGCCGAAGCUGCCGUACACGGAGGCGGUUCUGUGCGAGAUUCAGCGGUGUAGCACCAUAGUGCCGCUCGCUGUGCCUCAUUAUUCAUCGGAGGACACCACACUAAGCGGGUUUAACAUUCCAAAAGGAACAAUUGUCAUAUCCAACCUAUGGCAUCAACAUCACGACCCUCUGGUAUGGGAACAGCCUGAUAAGUUUCUACCGGAGCGAUUUCUGGACAAGGACGGCAACUUUUCUUGUCCCCGGGAGUUCACUCCGUUCGGCAUUGGUCGCCGCAUCUGUCUCGGUGAACAUCUUGCUAAGAUGGAACUCUUCAUCUUCUUCACCUUCCUGUUGCAUCAAUUCACUCUCAAGAAUCCGCCGGGUGCUCCUCCCGUCUCAUUCAAGGGAAUAGCCGGCGGCACGUGGGCGCCGUUGGAUUUCAAAUUGUGCGCAGUUCAACGAAAUUUACCGACUUGAAAAUAUUCAUGUUCACAGUUUUUACAUCACAGCGCACGAUAUUAAAGACAGGUUUUAGUUUUGCAAAAACCAGUGAUUUCUUCGUAUACACAGUACCAUGAUUUCAUUGGAUAAACGUGCUUUCCAUAUCUGUUUUGAUUGUAUAAAUCAUAUCACAGAAAAGGUACCUCAAUGCAAUUCCUAUUAUGGGCUUCUGGAAAUCAGUGGGCGUGGUUUACAGUGGAAUUAACUUUAAAAUAAAUCAAAAUUUGGGAACUUUGUUUGAUUUGAAGAUAAUUUAUUCGAUAUCGCACAGUCUCUCUUUAGAUUCAUGGAAGAAAAUGUUGUUCAUUUAACUCAUCAGAGAACAGAACAGCUGUAUUAACUAUUUAUAGGCUAGAUAUUAGAAAACUAUUUGUUCAAUGACAUGUGUUAAAGACAGUGGACACUAUUGGUAAUUGUCAAAGACCAGUCUUCCCACUUGGUGUGUAUCAACAUAUA